AUGUUGAUUACGUCCCCUUCCAUCGAAGGAAAUGUAGACGCAGCCUAUAUCAAAAAGCAACUUUAUUACGAUAAGCAAGAACCUAUACCCUCCCAUGCAUUAGACACUUCUGCUGGAAUAGUCAACGAGUUACGACUAAUAAGUUGUAAAAAAGAUGAGAAAAACGCUUUCAGAUUUUUUCAGAUGCGCAAAAUCAGAAACUCAUUGGUCACGUUUAUUGGUCCGACAGAGUACAACAUUUUCAAGCUCGAUGGUGUAAAUAUGUUUACGAGUUCGGCCACAAUCAAGUUCAUAGAGGACAAGAGAGUGAUUUUUUCAAACGUUUUUAAUUUGAACAUGAUGGAAAGAAUUAUCCAGGAACAAAAACUAACCCCAAUGUAUUCAUUUAAGUUUUGUCAUAAGUACAGCUUAAACUUUCUUGGGUAUAAAAACUUGCAAAAGGAAGAAGUGCCGCAAAUUAUUUCUACAGGUAGUUUCACCUCUUUGGAUAGUAAUACAGAAAAUAUGAAACUGAAGGUCGAACGUCUUCACAAAGAAAUCAAAGAAGAAAAAGUGUUGAGGAUGUCAUAG